AUGGCUGGUUAUCAGGAAAACUUUGUAAGUGUUGUCGAUGAGGAUUUCCAAUGUUGUAUUUGUAAUUUUCCUCUGCGAGAACCCUUACAAACGAGAUGCGGACACCGAUUCUGUCGCGAGUGCCUCGAAGAUGCAUCAACAAGGUUUGAAAAUUUUAAAUUUAAGCUUAUUACGCAUUUAACAUUCGACUCUGAAUAUCAAGCUCUUUUGUUUCUUUCCUUUCUUGAAUGUGUAUUUCUUCAGUGUUUCUUGGUACUAAAAAUUCAAAACGGAGAGAGUGAAAUAUAUUUUCUCAUUAAUAUUAAUGUGAGAUAUUUUUCACUUUUCAAAGCGGGUGUCACUCGGGUGUCUGUGAACUUUGUCUGGGUACUGGGUGGGGUAAGCAGGAGCUUUAUAGCGUCCAUACACCCACAUUUUAGUAUAUUUUUUAAUACGCCCGUGCGUACACAUGUACUUCUAAACUAUGAAUUUUUUUUUAUUUUCGAAAAAAUAAUCUUUUAUCAUUAAAUCGGGAUGACUGAUACAUUUUUUGCACAGCAUUGGUGUGUUUGUGUUAGUAUUUCCUUUAUCCUUUUAUUAUUCCAUAAUUCUGACGGCGUCGCGUCACUGGCCUUUUUUUUCCCUGUAAACACGGUACCUUACUGACAACACUAGAGAUGGGGAAAAUAAACAACAAACUACUGCAUUUUCCUGCAUUUUAAUUCACUGAAAAUGUCCUGUGGAAAAAAACAUAUGUAUCUAUUUUUAAAAUUUUCUGAGGGAGCUGGGAGCAUGCCCCUAGAACCCACUAGGUUGGGCCAUCUUUUGUUCUACAAGUUUUCUCCUCAUGUGCAUACUACUUUAAAAUCUCUUGCUAUGCCCCUGGUAAGGUCAGCCCAUUCUCCCCUCAUCCCCCCCCCGUUUUCCUGGUGUACAAUUUAACUCACUCCAUACCAUCCUACUGCCAUGCUCUACGAUCUGAACACCUGGGACAGGCUAUCCAAAGAUCUAAAGAAUGGUUUCUAUAAAGGUGUAAGGAACAAAUACAUCAUGUAACAGGGGCGGAUCUAGGGGGAGGGUGCAGGGGGUGCGCACCCCCCCUGAGAUGACCUGCGGCUUUCUAAUUAACACUGUGCAGUCGCUUCAGAACUGAUACAAAAGUUGCUGUAAUGUUUGAUAUGCAUUCUCAGCAGCUCACACUACGUUAUUGCCUAGUCAAAAGCCUUCUUCUUCAUACCGAAAAAUUCCGAAAAUAAGCCCAGGGGCUUAUAUUUUUCAAAGGCCCUUUUUGAGGGGCUUAUUUUUGGAGGGGCUUAUCUACGGAGGGAAAUUUGCGUUUCAAAAUCGAUUGGGCUAGCCUUAUAGUUGGAAGUAAAUUUCCGUUUUUGCUUUGUUUUACUUUGUAUUUGAGGGCAAUUUUCUAGGUACAAGCCCCCGGAACGCUUAUAUUUGGAGGGGCGAUUUAACGGAGGGUUUUUUGUGUUACCAGUUUGGGGGGCUUAUAUUUGGAGGGGCUUAUAAAUGCAGAGGCUUAUUUUCGGAAUUUUACGGUAUUCGCUUUUAAAAUUUGUUUACGUCAUCGAUCAGUCAUGCCAUCCCUUAGUGGUGCACCCCCUCCUAAGAAAAAUCCUGGAUCCGCCCCUGUGUAAAUACAACUUUCUUUAUCACCCUAGCUUUUGCCCCUACUGAAAGGAAUCAUUGUCUGAUUUUCAGAGUGACAACAAAUCACUUGGGUAAUUGUCCAGACGCUGAAGAUGCACAAUAUUUUCCUUGCCCCAUGGAUAGUGUGAAGUUAGACCAUAACAAAGUGAGUAUUAAUUUUUGACUGUCAUCAUUAUCUGUUUCGAUCAUAAGCUAAACAAUUAGGCAUUCACAUAACAUGACAUUUUAGGUGACUUAGCUAUAAUAUUAUUAUAUUUGUUUGAUUUGUACGUCCUGGCCUACAGCGUUUUUGGAUCCAGUAGCAGGACUAUUAUAGUAGCUGUACCCUUUUAUUGUUAGUACUUUUUUGUUCUCACAGCGUUCUUUCUGUUUUUGACUGGUUGUGGGAGGCCAGUCAGAUGAUUAAACUGGCAGAACUCAGAAUUCUGCCCCCUUUGAGUUUAGCCACCCAUACGGAUGUUCUUAGUGGUCAUCAUUCGUUCCUUCCCCAUGAACGUAUAAGUGCUGGCUGCACGGUUCAGCAGACAGUCAUUUAUGGGAAAGGAACUUGUGAUACGAUGAAGCCCUAAAAACAUCUGCCUAGGUUAGGCUACUCUGAGUUCUGCUUUGUGUUAUAAUAAUAGGACAAUUGCACGAUGACGAUAUUUGACUACAACUACCAGAAUUCAUUUCGGUUUUGCUUUGUUAUUUAAAUUUGGCAAUCCCGCAGAGGAUUAAAGAACAGUAGCCUUAAUUUGUACAAGAAAACAACAAACUCAAGGAUUCUGGUAGUUGUAGUAAAAUGACGUCAUCAUGCAAUUGUCCUAUUAUUACACAAAGAACCUUGAUUACAUAGGGUGCUUUGAGGGGUAAGGAGGGUAUGAGGUAUCUUGCAGAUUUUUUUGGGAGGGGAGGGUGGGUACUGACAGAAUGCCUUCAAGGUCUGAUUCAGGCCACUAGAUCUACUGUUUUGGAUGUAACUAAGCCGGCAUUUAGAGCCCAGAUUCUAAGGGAUGUGCCUCCAAAAGUGGCAAUUUUUGACACCUGUUGAUCUUGUGUGAAAAUGUCUUGAAAAUAUAAUCUCUUCAGGACCUGAAAUGUUUUUGGUCUGGAGUCCUGGAGCUUUGUGAGAACCCUUGCCCCAUAAUAAAACCUCUUUUUAAAAGUGACAGCUUUUCUAUAAUACUUGAAAGACAAAACGUUUUUGCAAAAGAUUAUUGCACUGUAAAGGAAGGUAAUAACAAAAAAAAUGUGCUUUUUUCUAUAUUCUUUACUAACAUUACUCUUGGUAGGAUGUUUUUCCGGACAAGGCUACCGAAAGAAAAAUUCUGUCAUUCAUCAUUCAAUGUCCAAACCAUGGCUGUGAGUGGACAGGUGCACUUGGAGAAAAAGAUGUAAUUAUAAAAUAACUAAUAAUAAAACGAUAUAUGACACAAUUCAUGGAAACAUUGUUAUACUUAAUGAAAAUGCGUAUUUCACAUCUAUGCUUACUAACAUUUACAUACUGUGCAGGUAUGGGGUAUUCCAAAAGUAGUUACCCACUGACAAUGCUUAUCAAAUUUUGUUUUUAAAUCACAUCAUCUUAACCCACUCCUCUCUCUUUUAAUAGUUUUUAGUUACUCUACAGUUUGUAUGUAAAAAAAUUCAAUUAUUUCUUUUCACAAAUUUCUAAGAUUAUGGCUGCACUAGUAUUUGAUACUGUGCAGCCAUUUAGAAUAUAUUUUAAUACUUAAUGUCAAGUUAGUUCUUUCCAGGGUUCAAUCAAAUAUAGUGCCAUUUUUUUGAGAUUAUUAUUACUUUCUUUUACCAUUAGACACCCAGGCAUGCCAGCUAAUCCUGCAUGAUAGAAACUCAAAAGGAGUGGAAAAGGGAUUAACUGGGCAAGCAGUGUUCCUUCACAGCCAAUUUCCCCCUUCAGGGGCACCCACUGACUGUUUUCUGUGAAAUAUCUGUUUGGAGAAGCAAAUAUUGCCUAGAAUUUUCUAUUACUUGAGGACGGCUAAAAAUUUCUGGAUGAACGUUCCACUCAUGCAUGUACAAUUUUUGAAGCUUAUCUGAUAAAUUCAUUAUGAUUUUCUGAAGUUUAAUCUUCACAUUUCACUUGCUAGUUAGCCUAUUUUUCUUGCGUAGUUACUAAAACCCGGAACGACCCACAACGGCCCACAACGAUCCACAACGAUCCACAACGACCCACAACGAUCCCACAACGACCCACAACGAUCCCACAACGACCCACAACGAUCCACAACGUUGCGUUACAUAAACUGUAACUGACUGAGAACAAUUUACGCCCAUGUGAUUUUGUUAUAUAAUACGUUUUCCUUCAAGUGUGGCACGGAAUGUACUAGGUUUUUCAACAAGGAUUUUAUGAAGAUGUUUUUAAGUUGGCGAGUUUCUUAACUCUAUGUUUUUACGAGGCUGGACAAAUGUAAGUUUUCUGCAAUUUGUUUUCGUUUAUUUGACUGUCUUUUCGCUAGCUAAGGAUUCCCUUCUAAUUUUGUAUCAUUUCGCAAUUUUUAGCUUCAGAUUACCACAUUACUACGUUCUACCGCGUUGUUUUAAUAAAUACUGAAAAUCCAGCCUUUGCCGUGGUUUUGCUCCUUUGACCCAUCGGCCCAGCACUAUUUUAAAUAACGUCAACGUACCAUUCAAAUAUACAUGAGGUCUCUGCCUGUAAAGGGAAGCAAUUACGUACAAUGGAACUCGUGGUAGAUAUAUACAUGAGAUCUCUGCCGUCUUGAUGGUCAUUGUCAUAACACUGCAAUCCCAGUUCGCUUCGCUCGCGCAGAAAUGUUUACGGAGAACAAAGCUGAUGAAACUUUUCAUGUGUCUUAUGCAUAUCUUUAUUCGAUGGUCGGCUGAAGAGACAUCGAUCGGACAUACAAAUGUGUCUCUGAAUGGGGAUUCUUUCUCGUGAAAAGCUGCAUUUACCCAUUUAUUUUGUCCUGUUUUUGACAACCCUAUGAAUGUGUUACCGGACUAUCAAAGGUAUUCUGGGUAGUUGUGAGUCAUUAUGUUUGCUAUUCAGUAUGCUUUUCAAUUUUUGGAAAAAAUUCAAAAGUUAAGUUUUUGAUAUUUUUUUCUUGGGUGGUUUCUUUCGUUGUGGGAUCGUUGUGGGUCGUUUUGAGAUCGUCCUCGGUCGUUUGAAGAUCGUUGUGGAUCGUUGUGGAUCGUUGUGGGUCGUUGUGGGAUCGUUGUGGGUCGUUGUGGAUCGUUGUGGAUCGUUGUGGGUCGUUGUGGAUCGUUGUGGAUCGUUGUGGGUCGUUGUGGAUCGUUGUGGAUCGUUGUGGGUCGUUGUGGAUCGUUGUGGAUCGUUGUGGAUCGUUGUGGGUCGUUCCGGGUUUUAGUAACUACGAUUUUUCUUGGAGAAAAGGAAAACUAAAAUUUUCGGACUCAAGAAUGCAAUGGAGAGAGAAAUCAGAAAAUGUCUCACUUUUGUAAUACUUUAAAUUGCACCUAAAAUUUUGGGGAAAAUAAUACCCAAGCCCUUGUAUUUUCCAAAAGACUCAAUUAAGUUCCCUCAGGAUGACCAAACAGUUACAAAUUUUAUAGCUCCGCUUAGAAUGCACUUCUAGACUUCUAAAAGUACUCUGGAUAGCCUAAACAGUAUUUUCAAUAUAUUUAGGAGGAAACUGUCGUUGGGUGCCCCCUGCCCCUUCCACCUUUAUGUUGUGUACCUGUUCAGCAGGCUUUUAUCAGUUUAUUUUCUGUAACAGUUUUUUUGUCUCAACAGAAUCACAUGGAGUCAUGCUUGCUACUGAUAGUUUCUUGUACUAAUAAUAACUGCACUGAAACCAUGAUAAGAAAAGACCUGGACAAGCAUGUAACAAUAGGCUGUCAGUGGAGAUUGGUGCACUGUUCCUACUGCAAUGAGCCACAGCCUAAAUGCCAGGGAGAGGUAAUAAUAAUAUUAUCACAGCUUUGCUUCAAACCUACAGCACCUUGCAGCCAGCAGAAGCCUUUAUUAAGCUUGCCUGAUUUUGGCAUACUUGGAAAGACUCUGCAUGAAUUGAAAAAGAUCUUUGUUGAACAUGCGCAGCAUGUCGCUGGGAUAUAGUUUUGAACCCAGGCCUAAUAGCCGUGCGCUUGCUACAGAGGUCUUGGUUGUGACCAUAGGUUUCUCAAUAAACUCAAAUAAAUGGAUGCUACACUCAAAAAAACCAGUUUGAAGAGAGAGAACAAGAUUGACUGGUCCAGAAGUUUGGGCUGCGGCCACCUCAAAGGUUUGACGUGAUUCAAGCAGAGCCGCCUUUUUGCUCCCCACUCAGAAAGAUCAAAGGAGGCUGUGCUCGCAUGGUGACACUACAGUAAUCAUUUUGCUUUAGGAUUCCCCCGUAAAUGACAUUUGCUAUCUUUUUUUGCAAAUGAUACUCAGUUGCAUGCACUAACUUUUGCCAAUAAAAAGAAAUUGUCAUUAAUAAUUAUUGUGAGUCUCAACUUCAGUGGAAGUAAAUAUAUUAACCCACAACACGGGAUGUCCAAUACUCACCACUUGUUCAAGUUGUAAAAUCUAAGACUCAGGUGGUACGAGUUGUUAAGUUGUGCAGUUGGUUGAAGUGGUGAAUGUGAUAUGCUUGAGUGAAAGAAAGUGAAGUAUUUACAACAUGUACUUGGCAGCAUCUCAUUAGACAAGCACAGAGAGGGGGUCCUGUCAGUGGUGCAACUCAUACAAGUCAUACAACUGGUGAAAUAUAAGCAUCUCAUUAUCAACGCUUAGAAUUUGUUUGUGUGAGUCGUACCACUUGACAAGGCCUCCCUCACAACAACUUUGCUCACAAAUUUCACUGUCUCUAAUGAGAUGCAAGUUCACCAAUUGCCAUUCAAAUGAGAUGCAGUUUAAACAUGUAAUACCUCAUGUUAUCACACUGAAAUAUCCAAUCACAUGAAUUCAAAGGCUAAUCUCAUCACUUUACCACUCAUACAAGUUGAAACACACACAACAUGACUUUCACAACUUGAGCAAGAGGUGAGUAUUAUUGGACUACCCUCAAACUACACUAAAAAAAAGGUAUAAAUCUUUGGUUUAAAGUCCCAAAAAUCUAUUUCAGGAACACAUUGAUGUGUGUAAGAAGUACCCUGUGCAAUGUUCAGCUGCCUGUGGAGUGGAAGUUCCUCGGGAAAAGGUUUGGUUUUUUGUCUUUUCCCUUGUAACACCAAUUUAUCUUGAUUUUCAAAAGAAACCCAGAAAAUGUUCAGUUGAACUGGUUGCAUUUCUCUAAUCUCUGAUUACUCGAAAGUUGCUUAGGACCUCCAAAACAUAUCAUAAGUUAGCCUAGGACCAGGCUUCAUAGUGGGGGGGAAAAGCAAAAAACGGGGUCAAAUAGAUAAAAUAUUUGGCGAUUUUUUUUCUCCUUUUCCCCCCAAAGCGGAGCCCGGUACCAGGCUAAUCAGAAGUUGUCUUCCCCUUCCACCCUGUGUCACACCCGAGAAGGUCCUGAAGGUCUGGAAAUAGUUGCUUUUAUUUUUUUAAAAUCUAGGGGCAUUAAACCAGGAAUAUUAGAUGAUACUGUAUCUUGAAACUAUGCCAAUUCUUUAAUUUUACUCUUUCUGUCAUUCUUUUUUUUGUAUUAUUUUCUAGAUUCUGGAACACACAGAGAGCAAUUGCCCACUGAUCACUGUUUCUUGUCCUUUUGCUGUAAUGGGCUGUGACGUAAAGGUAGUUUACUUUGUGGUUUUAUAAACUGCAUCCAUUUCAUAAACCUAUUACAAAUAGUGUUUUGCAUAAUUUAUGUAAAAAGACUGAACCCGGUCAUUACUUUUUUUUAUCCCAACAAACGCAUUUUGUGGGUCAAUGUUAAGUCAAUCAAAGAUUGGAUUUAUGUUCGAUUAUACUGUGCGCGUGUUCCUUUAACCCCUAAGCCUUCCCCCCAAUUCUCUUCUUUAGUAAGAGAAAAAGGACGAGUCUGCCACUAUCGCAAAUCUCGUUACAAUUUUUUGGCCGCUGCCAAAAUAUUCAGACGAGUGCUGGAACCUCUUCCUUGUCAACAAAAACAUGUAUUUAGUCACCUCUUGAAAGAAGAAAAAAAAGAUCUUGGGUUGGGUACUGAAUAAAAUAUGAUUGCAAUUGCAAAUGGACCCCAAACCAAGAGUCAUGAGUCAAUGAGUCAGCUCUGCUCGUCGGAAAUUUUGAAUUAAACCCCUAAAGGAGACCGAUCUGUGUGAGGCCCAAACUUUUUUGGACCCCUAAAAGAGACCAUGUUAAAACACAGACAAAUGAGAAAACUUGAGUUACAUGAAUGGCAUAAAUAAAACGAAUUAAAAAUAUACAUAUCAAAUAUAUAUUUUUAUAUUUUUUCGCGUGCAACCCUAAACGAGACCUUCACGGCUAAAUAUGGUGACGUUUUGCCCAGAACACCCUAAGUGAGACCAAGAAUACUUAUCUUUAGACCAGCAUGACAAGCUAAUGAGUAAAAUAGUGACACAGAUAUAAAAGUAGAACUUUCCUUCGCACUCAUAACCGAUUUUCUACUUCAAACCGGGCCCAAACAUCAACACACCGAAUAUCAAAGAACGACUGUUCCCAGAUUUGAGUCUUUGAGCGCUAAGAAAUUCCAUAAUAUAGGUUUAAAAGGGAAUUAAGCACUUUCUUCCGAGGCACUCACAAAAUUUAGGCUGGCUUAUUUUUCGCUUCUGCUAUGCGGCAGGGCCUAGGAACUGCUAACAAAUAGCCUAGGGCGAGAUUUCAUGUCAGAAAUAGGCCUUGUGCAAGCAACAAUGAUGGAGGUAGACAAAAUAAGUAAAAGUAAUGCUUAAUUUUAUUGUUUCUAGUGAAACAUUUAUUUUUUCAGGUCUGACUCAUUGACUCUUUGACUCAGACUCAUUGACUCAUUUGACUCAUUUGAUUUGUCAUGGUCAAUCAAAAGUGAUCGAGGAGUGACGUAGAAAGUAUGUAUUAACGGUGCUGUCAGUGUAAAACGCAGUCUGCGGACUAUUGUUUGGCCAUGCAAAGGAGAACGUGGCAACAAUAGUCCCAUUGUUUUCUAACCCUAAAAACAAUAAUCCGCAUCAGUCCGCAGUCUUCAUUUUACAUGGCCCCAUUAACGGUGUGUGUGAGUAGUGAGAUGAGGGGGUGAAGUGUUAAAGCUGCUCUGAAACAUGGCAAUAGCUGUGUAGCAAAAAUUUCCCGGAUUCCAAAAUCUGGGUUUCCUCACAUGGGUAUCUAUUUAGUAGAUAGCGCAGUUGGUUUCCAUAGCACCUUUUCGCUGGAUAGUGAUUUAUAAGGUAGAUAGCGCUACCUACCUUUUGUAGCGAUAUUUAUUGUUGUGUGUGCUAGGAUUGUUUUAAGUUUUUAAUCUUUGUAGAUCCUGAGGAAUCAGAUUGAAUCACAUCUUCAAUCAUCCUCCAGCCGUCACCUUGAACUUGCUUGUGUCAAGUUACAUAACACUCAGGAAGAGUUUAGAGAGAAGACCAAAGAACUUGAAGGGAAAAUGGACUCGCUUUGUAUGCUACAUGAUGGAAGGAUUUCUACCUUGGAAAAUCAGCUAAAGGAAUUCAAGAAAGUGAAUGAUUUCCUUGUUGAUAAAGUGGCUGCUCAAGCGAAGCAAAUAUCAGCAUUGUAUAUAAAACCACCACAAUUGUCAUGGCGGAUAAAUGACAUUGAAAAAAUCCUGAGUCAAGCGCGCGAGAAAAGAAGCACGGUUUUAGAGAGCUCGCCUUUCUAUUCAGCAAAUCACGGCUACAAAUUGAAAUUGUAUGUGUAUCCCAACGGUGAUGUUACAAACAAACAUAAUUAUCUCUCAGUAUUCGUAGUUAUAAUGGAAGGUGAAUAUGAUUCCUUAUUACCCUGGCCUUUUCAUCAGAAGAUAACUUUCAUCCUUGUUGACCAGCCAGGAGGAUCAGAUGAAAAGAAAAAUAUCGUGAUGGAAUUAACCACUGACCCCACUCUCUCGAGUUGCGCAAAGCCUGUAGCGGGAAAAGUGGUUAAACCCAGUAAUGGGUUUGCCAGGUUUGUGACGCACAAAAACCUCAAGACCCGGAGAUAUAUUGUGAACGAUUCGUUGUUGCUUCAAGUCGAGGUACAUCCACCAAAUUAAUGGAACCCUAUCAACACUCGAUGCAACCCAACUGGUUUACAGAACUGUUAACGAGCAAUUUAAAACUAAUAUAUUUAACAGUAAUUGACCUAACAACAGAACUAUUGCAGUUUUGUUGUUAUAUUGUUUCUUAGGCGAGUAC